CACCUUCCACUCUGAUUGUGCAGUUCAAAAAGUGGCCAACGUCUCCCGGUGAGUUUGUGGCUUCUUACAUUCUCUCACAGCUCUGGACGCGACUAGCAACAUGUUAUGCCCGUGAAUAGCUCCACGUUUUGAUUUGGUCAACUUUUAAAACGUACCUCGAGAAAUAAAAGAGAAAUCCUCAAGGAGUCGAGCAGGUGGUGCGGCGUCGUCGCAGUCAAGAAGACUGAGAGUGUGUCCUCACCUGAGUCUGAUAACCACACAACAUGUCCAAAAUGUCCACGGAGGCUUAUGCUGCACUGGAUGAGUCCUCUCUCCGAGCCUUGCUGGAUGGGACCGUGGAUCUGGACGAGAGACGCCUCAUCCGUUCAGCCAUCCGGGAGUUGAGAAGGAGGGAGAUCGAGGACAUAGAGGCCGCUCUGGCCACUAAGAGGUUUCGCCCCACACGACUCAAACAGCAGGAGGACAAGGAGAAUCAGCACAGGUCCAGUGAAUCCAGUGAGGCCUUGGAUGUCCUGUCAAACAAACUAAAAGCAAUCAGAGAUGUCGAUGAACUCACCAAGAUGCUCCGUGCUGCCACUGACUACGAGGAGAGGAAGCUGAUUAGAGCAGCCAUCCGACAAAUCCGAGAUGAACAACAGCAAGGGGCAGUGGAGAGAGUUAAAGUCCCUGGUAGCAGUCUGGAGCCAGAGAGUCUGGAGUCCCAGAGCACCAAGGGGACUGCGAAGAGAGAACAGGAGAGUCCAUUUGAACAAGAUCACAUCAAAUCUCAGAUCCGGGAGUUGCGUGGCCAGCAGACAAACCCAAGAAGAGAGCUGCAGAGACUGGGGUCCAAAUCAGGCAUGGUGCUGGUUUUUGAUCACCUCGUGAAGGCGGAGGGCUCUGAACCUCUGCUGAUCCAUUCGCAGAGAGAAGAAGUGGCACCAAAGCCUGACCUCGUCCUGUCCCAUAGACAGAGAUCUGAUUCUGCAGCUUCAGACUGCAGCGUGGCCUCAAUGCUUUCCAGGUCCAAUAUGGAUUCUGUGGCCACAGAAAAGAGCCUCGGCUCGACCUACAGAGCCCGUUUGGACUCUGGAGGUUCUGACAGGAGCCAGGGCUCCGCUCAACGCAGCAGACAAGACUCAGGGGCAUCAGAGCGCAGCAUCACCUCCCAAUCUCACAUCAGGCAAAGACUGGACUCAGAUGUCUCAGAUUCUGCUAUCAGACUUUCUUUAGGUUCUGGAGCUUCUGACAACAUUGGCUUGGUGUCAAGAAAGAGAAAUGACUCAGUGGCUUCAGACCAAAGUGUGAGUAUGUCCUCUGAGGAGAGGUGUCCGACAGAGGAAGGCGAGGUAGACACAAGUAUCUCAGCAUACAGCACUGACUCAGAAACCGAGAGCAGAAGCCAGGGUGUAACCAACUUUCAGACUCAGCCCGACCAGGACCUUGUUGUCGACCAGGAUCUUCCAGAUGGGUCUGUCUUAUCUCGGAGAACUCCUGAAAGUGGCCCAGUCAAUGGUACUGCUGAGGGGAAACACAACUUUCUGAGACAGAAGGUACUUGAAGGUGAUUUGACCCUCACUCAUAGAAAGGACAAGGAUGCUGCACCUGAAAAGAAAGAUGUUGUGCUGGACCAGGCCAAGCGUGCUAACUCUGUACGCGAUCGGAUGCGCAAGUUCAACGAGCCCAGUCAGAACAUAAACGUCCCGGCUUUGAAGAAGAGUCCUCUGAGCAGCAUUGGCCAGACAAACUUCUCCAGAGCUGCGCAGCUGUUUACACCCACUGCAACAUCCCUCAACUCCUCUGGCGACAGGCCCGCAUGGGUGCGCGUGGACUCGACAGCUCACACCUCUCUUGCAUCCAAGAGUCAGGCCACACCUCAUUUCAGAGGUGUGGCUAACAAACCUCUGUCUUCAGCCGGCCAAUCCCAGGAGUCCAUGGGAGGUACGAACAAUCUGGCUGAGAAGAGUGGGCCUGUCUUGAGGGAUUCAAAGGACGACAGGACCCCAGGGAGAGCAGCUGGACAGCAGUGCAUCCAAGAAGAGACAGACCCAGACAUGAAGACUUUCCUCACCAUUGAGAUCAAAGAUGGGCACACACGUGCCUCACCUACAUCCACUCAAAGGGGCAACGUUAUCCCCAUCAACAACAUGACCCCACGCAUCACUGCUAAUGCUCUGGGGCAGAGAACAGAGCUGACCCUUGGCCUCCGGGCGACACCAUUCAAGAUCUCCUCCUCCUCCUCCAGCUUGUCCACUGGAUCCUCCAUCAAGAUGGAGACAGAGCCUGUCGUCGCCUCUGAGCCGGUGUUUUCUUCUGGUCCCUCUGUCCAGGUGGCAUGUCAGAUCCCCACCAUCCCAAACGGUUCCACGGUCGAAACCAAGACUGAGUGUCCAGGAAAGAUGACCGCUGACCAGCUGGCUGCCAUCGAGGAUGAAGAACUCCUUGAUAAAAUGCUUGAUGAGUCCAAAGAUUUUGAGGAGAGGAAAAUGAUCCGUGCAGCAAUGAGAGACCUUCGCAAGAAAAAGAGAGAGGCCAUGCUCGGCUGUACUCAAGAGGAAAUAGGUAGGACAGACCAGAGAGAAAAAGAGCGCGAGACUCGCCUGCAGGAGCUUCGUCAGCAGAGAGAUGACCGUGCGCAUAAAAAUCGUGCUGGGGUCGGAGCAGAAGAGGUGAUGAUGAGGAGGAAAGUGGAGAAGUCAGCCGAUGGUUCCACCCUCAGCCAAGUCACCAAAACAGACCGCUUUGCACAGUCUGAUGAUGGCAGCAGAUCAAGUCGCAGCACAGUCGUAGAGGCUAGCUAUGUGCAGAAAACAGACAGAGGAACAGUCCAGUCUAAAUCAUACAGCUACACAUCUUCAUCCUCUUCCAAUACAAGCAAAAAAGUAGGCAGUGUGUUUGACCGUGAGGAUGAAUCAACAUCUCGCAGUGGUGGGUUGGCCGCUGUGGAACGAAGGCAAGCAGAGAGGCACAAGGAGCUGAUGAGAGCGCAGACUUUGCCCAAGACCUCAGCCAUGCAGGCCCGCAAAGCCAUGAUAGAGAAGCUGGAGAAGGAGGAAGGCGGCCCGGUAAAUCAGGUGGUCUCCAAAGUAAACAGAGUCCAGCGUUCCACUAGCUUUGGUGUACCCAAUGCAAACUCCAUCAAGCAGAUGCUGCUCGACUGGUGCCGCGCCAAGACCCGCUCAUAUGAGCAUGUGGAUAUACAAAACUUUUCAUCCAGCUGGAGCGAUGGCAUGGCGUUCUGUGCGCUGGUGCACAAUUUCUUUCCAGAGGCUUUCGACUACAGCUCCUUGAGUCCCUGCAACCGCAGGCAAAACUUUGAGGUGGCCUUCAGCAAUGCAGAGACGUACGCCAACUGCAUGCCCCUGCUGGAGGUGGAGGACAUGAUGAUCAUGGGAAACAAGCCUGACUCCAAAUGCGUCUUCACUUACGUGCAGUCUCUGGUCAACCACCUGCGCAGACACGAGAUGGCCAUGGGCCGGCCCUCUGACCUCUGACCUGCGAACGUCCAGUGAACGUCCAGCCUCAGUGUGACGGGGUCACAUCGUUGCCGACAGACCAGGCGGGCGGGUUGCGAAUGUGUGUGUCCGUGUGUUAAUUAUUCCCGUCAGCCGUAUUGAUGCGUUGUCCUCUCCUCAAAAUCAUGUACCGGUAUGUAUUUCCCAAGAGAAGAAGCUACCAUUUUACAUUUUUGCUUGACCUUUUUAGCACAACCACAUUUUUUUGUGUUUAAAUUCAGUCUCAUCCAACGAGAAAACAUUUUACACAACUUUUUAAGUUAUUACACGUACAUUUUUCUACGGCUGUCAUCAUUUCCAUUAAACAGGAAGUCAUGUGUUCCCAUGUUGGUACUUUACAUUUUGGACCCAACUCGGGUCACUUUAUUUAGAUUUAAGUUAUUCUGGUGUCAGCAUUUUACUAUUGAAUACAUUCACACUGGGUUUUUCUUUUGAUAUACUGUGUAUCUAUACCUGUAUUCAUAUCAGUGUACGCCCAUCUGUCUGAAGUCUGCAGUGCUGCUGGAAAUCAGGUUUGUACUGUCUUUGUAUGUCAUUCUAGCAGCAAAGUGUGUAUUGAUACACUUGCUGCUCGACGUGAUCCGUGAGCCUGCCACCAUUUUCAUGGCAUCGCACACUUUUUAUUAUUAUCGAGUGGCGUUAUGGGGGCGGGGGGAGAAGACAUUUGUAAAAAAGAGAAUUUUACUCCUGACAAAUCCAACUCCUUACUGAACACGUACAUUUGUGUGUUUUACAACAUUACGCUAAAUUAAGAUUUCCUUUUAUUUUAUUUUCUUUUAACAUGUGUCCAUGUCUAGAAUUUGAGAAGACAUUGAAAAUUCUUUUUCAUUUGACUUGGAUAAAACUAUAUGUGCUCAAUUUUGGAGUAUUUGUAACAUACUUCCACUUGGGCGAUAAAACAUAAGGCAGGAAGUGCUGUAAAUAAGAGCUCAAACACUAUGUCAUGUUUCUGUGCACCACAGCUCAAUGUGAAUAUUAAAGCAUGGAAACACA